AUGGUCGCCGCUGUCCCUUCCGAGAAGAAGAUAAUUGUCGUAAUUGGAGGGUCGGGCAUGGUCGGAGGUUCCGUCGCCCGCUCCCUCCAUGACAAUUCCGACUUUUGGGUGCGACUAACCACUCGCGACACAACCACAACCAGAGCAAAGCGACUCGUUGAUCAAGGCUUCGAGGUUAUUAAAGCAGACUCUUGGAGCCCACAGGAACUUGAUGUCGCUUUCCAGGGCGCGUACGGCGUCUUUCUGAAUACCGAUUCGGACGACCCAAACUUCAAGAAUGAGAUUGGGCCUCCAGAGUCAGCCAUGGGCAAAAUUGUUAUCGAUGCUGCAAUGAGACAGGGCGUCAAGCACUUUGUCUUCUCCGGACUGCCCGAGGCCAAAAAGCUCACCAACGGCGAAGUCUCAAUCCUCUCUUUCGAUAACAAGAAUGCCAUUGCCAAUUACGGGCGCAAAGCUGGCUUUGCAUCCUUCGUCGAAGUCAACAUCGGUUGGGCCAUGGAUAUCUUUUGGAUGGAGGCUUAUGGAAAGGCUUUUGGAGGCUUCGCGACUAUCCCAGACUCGGAGGGGUUCCUCACUUUGAAGUUGUUCCCCAUGCCCAAUCAACCAGAGAGGAUUCCCUGGACGUCGGUGCGUGACGACUACGGCGAUGCGGUGCAUGCCGUCUUCCUCGAUCCCACGAGUUACGACAAGAGAACCAUCUGGGCCAUCUCUGACUACAUGGGUUUCCAAGAUGUCGCCGACGCCUACAACUCCGUCACCGGUACCCAGACGGCGCGAUUCGUUCCGGACUUUGAGCCGCUGAAGGCAGCCACUCCUGGUAAAACAAAGGAGGUCAAUGGUCUGAGGAACUAUUGCAAUUACAUCAAAGGCGACUACUGCAAUGGCCAACCCACUGAUGAGAACCUCGUGAAGGAAAACCGGCGAUUGAAGGAAAUUGCGUCACGAGCUCGGGGACGAACGGGUGCCGAAGCCCAACUUCAAACAAUCAAGGGUUUCAUCCAAGCCUAUGGUCCAGUGAAACUUGAAAAUAAGCUGUAG